GCAAUGUCGGAGCCCAGACAGCGCCCAUCGAUUCUCAUUCCUCCCGACCGUGAAGGGGAAGGUUUUCAUCUGGCCCAAUUUUGGGAACAUGAAACAGCCUUGCGCUUCCAGGGCUCGGAAAGUACCCUUCCUUUGGACUGGAAAUUUGCCUACCAGUAUAACCCGGAGAAGAAAAAAAUCACCUACAACGAGAAUCACCUGAAGAAAUGGCACCAUGCCGCGACAGAACUGAACGACUAUGAUAAUCCGGGCCCUAAGGAUCUCGGUCCACAGCUCCAAGCGACGACAGUCAUGCUUCGCGUAUUGGGACCCACCGACGAUGGGACCACCAACCCCCCAACCUUCCAUGGAACGGCGUUUUAUGUUGCACCCACCAUGUUGCAGACCGCCAGACACAAUAUACAGCCCAUGGAGAAUGCUACUCCUAUUCGCCCAGCGGACGACUUGGUUGAUUUGCCACCUCAUCUUCAUCACAUGCUCCCUCAAGCCGAAGGUGUAGAAGACAAGGAUCCAGUGGAUAGCUCCGGGUUAAACAUGCUGGCCGAUGCAUACGUGGUCACUGCUGGAUUUCCUGGCGCUCCAAAAGAAGAGGACGCAGUGGCGGCCGCCACAGAUAUUGUAGGCGAAUUACGCUGCCAAGAUGUCGAUCAGUAUAUCAAGGCCGUCAUGGGCAUGGUUACCAAGCUGAGCCGUUUGUUUCGUGAAGAUGUAUUGAAUGUUUCUCCAGGAGCGGUCGUUCAACAGGGCUUGCGAAUCGCGACACACGAUUGUACAACACUGCCUGGCUUCUCCGGCGGCCCUGUUAUUCUGAUUGCCUUGCCUGGUGUGUUCAUCGGACAGCAUAUUGCUGGUACCAAUGUUCCGGCUGCCGGGCAGAAUCUUUUCUUGUGCGCAACCCAUCCGGCUUACGUUGCCGAGUAUGUCAAGCACGUCCUUCCCGAGCUUUUCGAGGCCCUAGAGACCAAUGCUGGACUCCUCAUGUCGAUUCAGCAGCGGCACUUUUCUGAUUGGUUGAAGGCAACCUGCGGUGCGCCUGACAUGGAUUUACUUUCUUGCAUCAAGUCGAUAUUGGAAGAGAGCACGGACGGGGGGCGGGGGGGAUGAACCCAACCCUACGUAGCUU